GCACAGUGUGCACAGCCCUGGCGCCCUGGCUAGCCCCGUGUCCGCCAUUGUGGUUGUCGUCUGCUCCAGGAGCCCUUUUCCCCUCGACGAGAGCCUUGAGGGGGUCGCGGUGCUGCUGGUUGUGUGCAGGUCGUCCCGGUCGUCCAGGCCACCGCGGUCCCGUUGUUGUGUAGCAACCCGGCCCGGCUAAACGAGGACCAUCAUUGAGGCGCUCGGGGCGCGACUGGUGCGCCCGGACCUUCUCCAGGGGGUCCCGGACGUUGCCGACGUUCCCGCCCGCCGCUCGGAGUCGCAGACGUCGCAGAGCCAUGCCGUAGGGGCGUCGGCACACCCUCAGGGGCACUGCAGCAGCAGCGGCAGCAUGCACCCCGUGGCGCUCGAGGGCCCCCACGGCCCCCAGGUGGCGCACCCGACCGCGGGUCGCCAGCUGCACGACGGAGCCCCCGCCGUGGCGGGCAUCCCGGGUGCGCAGGACACCAUCUACCUGUGCAACUUCCGCGUGUCGGUGGACGGCGAGUGGCUGUGCCUCAAGGAGCUCGACCAGGAUGGCCUGGAGCUGGACAGGCUGGAGCCCGGCGGGGCGGACAACCCUAGCUUGUCGCCUGCCUUCUCCACGCCUUCCCCCGACGACCCGGGCCCCAUGCUCCUGAGCAUGCUGACCCGCGACCCGGCCGCCGUGGAGCGCAGCAACCUGCUCAACAUCUCCAAGCUGAUCGUCAAGGAGCUGAUCGAGACAUCGCUCAAGUACGGCCGCAUGCUGGACUCGGACCACAUGCCCCUGCAGCACUUCUUCAUCGUGCUGGAGCACGUGCUGCGACACGGGCUGCGCCCCAAAAAGGGCUUACUAGGUCCCAAAAAGGAGUUAUGGGAUAUUUUACAAUUGGUGGAAAAGUAUACACCAGAGGCGCAAGAUAUCACAAGUAGUGUUAGAGACCUUCCCACCGUUAGGACAGCAAUGGGUCGAGCGCGGGCAUGGCUAAGGCUUGCGUUAAUGCAGAAGAAACUUGCAGACUACCUGAAAGUAUUAAUUGAUCACAGAGAUGAUGUGUUGAGGGAUUACUUUGAACCAGACGCUCUUAUCAUGUGUGAUGAAGCUAUAGUAAUUAUGGGCCUCUUGGUUGGUUUAAAUGUAAUAGACUGUAAUUUAUGUGUGAAGGAGGAAGACUUAGACUGUCCACAAGGUGUUAUAGAUUUCUCGUUGUAUUUGAGAUCAACUCAUCAUUGUCCUGGUGAACAUGCUGUCAGUUCAACUGACCCUGAUCAUCCUGACAACAAUCAUUCCAACAUGAGCACAGUGCUUGAUCAGAAAAAUUAUAUAGAGGAACUAAACAGGCAUCUAAAUGCUACUGUGACUAAUCUACAAGCAAAGGUUGAAACACUCAGCACUACCAAUGCUCUAAUGAAGGAAGAUCUAGCUAUAUCCAAAAAUGGUCUCAUGUCGUUAUUUGAGGAAAAUAAUCGUCUUAAGCGAGAAUUAGACUCAGCUCAGUCCGGAUCUGUACCAUUGUCUAAAACUCCUGAUGAUGCCAAUGCUGAUUCAAUAUCAAAAAAAUCUUCGGAUAGCUCCAAUGAUGUUGAUGAAAUAAAACAACAGCUUGCAGCUGAACGUAAACAAAAAGCAGAAUUACAAAAGGAACUUGAUAUACAGAUAAGUCUGCGAGCUGAAAUGGAGGUAGCAAUGAAGCUGUUGGAGAAAGAUAUUCAUGAAAAGCAGGAUACCGUGAUUUCUUUGAGAAGGCAGCUGGAGGACAUAAAACUGAUCAAUCUUGACAUGUAUAAGAAGUUACAGGAGUGUGAACAAGAACUGACCCAAAAGGGUGAGAUGGAGUGUGACAGUUCUCUCAAGCACAAAACGGAGCUAAUCUCUAAACUGGAAGCCAAGAGUGUAGAAAUGACUGACACUGUGCAGAGACUGGAUGAGAAGUACCAGGAAUGCUUGAAGACGUGUAGUGCUUUGGAGAACCAGGCUGCAAGGCUCCAGCAAGAAUCAGCUGAAGCUGGAGAGGAAAGAACUCGAGCGAAAGGGGAGCUUGGAGUAGAAAGAGAGUGGCGUGUGUCCCUUGAGCAAAGUGUCAAUAAAGACCGUAAUCGUAUUGCUGAACUUCAAAGGGAAUUGACUCAACUGCGGGAAGUUUCUGUGAAAUUUGUAAACCUGCAAGAAGAUUACUAUGCAUUAAAAGAGCAGUGCAAUCAGCAUGAGCUCACCCUAGAGGAGCUGGGAUCUCAACUUCGUGUAUCAAAACUACAAGUGGCUGAUUUACAAGAGGAGGUGGACAAUGCCCGACGUGCCGGUAUCAGUGAUGCCACUUGGAUGCGUGAUAAGGAAGUUACUCAUUGCAAAGGAUGUGACAAAGAAUUCAAUAUGACCAGAAGAAAGCAUCAUUGCCGAAACUGUGGUGAUAUCUUCUGCAACGCUUGCUCAGACAAUACCAUGCCACUGCCUUCUCUUCCAAAACCUGCCCGGGUAUGUGAUAAAUGUCAUGUCCUUCUUGUUGCAAGAUACUCAGUUGUUCCUCAAGUAUGAGAAAGGAUUGUAAGCAUAACUAUCUUUAUACCAAGUCCUUUCUGCUAAAUUCAAUGCAAGUGAUUUGGUACUUUUUUAAAAAUUGGAAACAGAAAUGAAUUGUAUAUUUAUGUACUCUUUGAUUAUCAUGUCAGAUUGCUAUUUGCUCAGAUUAUAGUUAGUACAAAUACCUAGCAGUGUUGACAUAUAUUUCCAGUCUUUUGCUUAUAAUGGUCAGAAUACUGAACUGAGAUUCCCAGUCUGUGGUAAAUAUUUAAUAAGGUUGAUGAAACUAUAUUAUAUUGUUGUUAUGUAGGUAUUGUAUUAGAAGCCAAAAUUGCACUAUUUUUAACAUUUUUUAAAAAACAUUGUUAUUGAACAUGUGUUCUUUUGUGAUGUCAUUAUAUUUAUAACACAAUGCAAACUUUACAUGAAUAAAGUGCUUUUUGAGAAACUUCGUGUGCUCUUGAAAAGUUCAGAAUACUGUAUGAGGUUUGAGUGGAAGGAAUCAAUAAAAUCUGGACAUUUUGGA